UGCCUUAUUUUAUCCUUGGAAUAGACCAACUGAAUUCCCAAACAACCUAUGAACUGUUAUUUUGGCGCCUCCUAAACUACCAAAAGAAUCUACAGAGACGGCCAACAAAAAACCCCAAGCCCCCUAACGAACCCCAAAAUGACGACGUUUAGCUCAAGUUUCAAGUUUCCCGCGAAGCCAAAAACCGCUCUGUACCUAAUAACCGCCACCGGCCUCACCUUCUACACCGCCAACCGCCUCAAUUUUAUCCCAUUCUCAUCGCACGACGACAUUAGGGCUCCAUUUCACGCCGUCGCUCGCUCCUCCCGUGCAAUAUCCGCCAUUGCUUUGACUGUUGCAGAUUAUAAGUACUCUUUGCGAUCGCUGCCUGAGAACUCAGACAAAUAUGGUCACACAUUAUCUGAGAUUCAUCUACGUUCAGCUAAGAGAAUGCUGAAAUUAUGUGAAGCAAAUAAAGGUUUCUAUGUGAAAGCGGGGCAAUUUGUUGCUGCAAUGCGGCAAGUUCCAACAGAAUACUCUUCAACACUUUCCUCAUUGCAGGAUCAGGCUGUUCCUUGUCACUUCAAAGCCAUAAAAGAAGUAUUAAUCAGCAAUUUCGGUCAGGAUUUUACAAAGAUAUUUUUAUCAUUUGAUGAACGACCAAUAGCUGCUGCAUCUAUUGCUCAAGUACAUCGCGCCAUGCUGAAAGAUUCUCAAGAAGUAGCAGUUAAGGUACAAUACCCUGGGCUGGAACAGCAGAUGGCAAUUGACACGACAACCAUGUCAUUCCUUUCAAAAUCAGUUGCAUGGUUUUUCCCUAAUUAUAGGUUUGAUUGGUUGGUGUCAGAGUUCACAAAGGCUAUUUCUUCAGAACUCGAUUUCACGCAGGAAGCUAGAAAUUCUGAAAUAACUGCCAAAAAUUUUAAAACCAAGAAGAUGGUCAAGGUUCCUCAAAUAUUUUGGGAUUUGACAACAAGACACGUUCUAACAAUGGAAUUUUGUCGUGGACAUAAGAGCAGAUGUAUUUUUAGUUGCACUGUAGAUCCAAGAUUGAGGACAUCAAGGUCCUCUAAAAGUCAGGUUGAUGAUGUGGAACUUUUGAAGGAAAUGGAAAUAAAUCCUGUAAUGGUAGCAAAAGCAUUGGUUGAAGUCUUUGCUGAGAUGAUUUUCGUACAUGGGUUUGUCCAUGGGGAUCCACAUCCUGGUAACAUAUUAGUUUCUCCAGAGGGUUCAAAUGGCUUUUCUUUGGUUCUUCUUGAUCAUGGAAUCUACAAACAAUUGGAUGAAGGAUUUAGACAGGACUAUUGCAAGCUUUGGAAGGCGCUGAUUCUGCAGGACUCUCAUCAAAUAGAGCAGCUUGGUGAACGAUUUAAUGUUGGGAAGUAUUCUAUGUACUUCCCUGUAAUUUUCACAGGAAGAACUAUUAACAGUAAAUCAGCUCUCGGAAGAGGAUUGUCAGCUGAAGAGAAAACAAUUUUGAAGCAGGAUCUGAAGUCCUUAAAGAUGGAGGACAUAUCUUCAUUUAUGGAAUCUCUACCUUCCGACUUCCUCACAAUCUUGCGUACAGACGGGAUUCUGAGAUCAGUUCUUAGCAAGUUGGGUGCUCCACAACAAGUCAGACUGUUAACAUAUGCCAAAUAUGCAGUAUAUGGUCAUUCUUUGAAACUGAAUCCUGAAUGUGAUUCUGCAAUGCAAAUUGCUUUCUUCAGAUUAAAGACAAGCGUUAAUUACCUGCAGCUGCGGCUUAUUCUUGAGGUAAUGGAGCUGUUUUCUUGGGUGAGGGAGGUCAAGCAAUUUCUUUAUUCCUUUUGUAGAAAAGUUUGGGUGUGAUGGCACUAUAGGGGAGUUCGCCUCAAGGAAGUAUUGCUGAAGUAAAUACUGAAAUUGAAAGAUGAAAACAUGCAUCUAUUAAAUGGCUAAUUGUAAUUAAAAAAAGAAGAAGAAAGGUUUUUCAUUUUUUUUACAGGUUCUAUUGAAAAACUAUCUUUUCCCAAUUCAAUUAGGUUGAUUUGAUUGUAAUAUACAAUCAUUCAGUGAUUACUAAAGCAAAACUGGUAUCAAUUAAUGAAAUUAGACAGAUUUGUCUACAAUUUAAAUAAAAUACUUCCAUGCAGCAAUUGGCAA